ACUUAGUUUGCAUUCCUGCCUUCGCUGGUAAAGCUCACUGUGUGGGAAGGAGUCUGCAUCAAACCACCUUUCUUGGUUACAGGAGCGCCUUUGGCCCUAUCAGAGCCUGCAGUAGGACAUGUUAAACCGGGUCAGGGGAUCUGGGAAGAAAGCGUUUCUGGAGAAACUGUGUAGUCUCACACAUGCAUCACCUGAAGUAACUUACCUUCAUUUUACGGCAUGAAUUAACUAAAGCUGAGAGAGGUGAAGUGACUUGGCUAGACUCCUACAGCUUAAUCUCUGUGCAAGAGUUGCAGAAGAUGAUUAACUUCCAGGGAUCAGUGACAUUCCAGGAUGUGGCUGUGGACUUCACCUCAGAGGAGUGGCAGCUGCUUGACUGUGAUCAGAGGACCUUAUAUUGGGAUGUGAUGUUGGAGAACUUUAGAAACCUCCUCUCAGUGGGGGGUGCAGUUACCAAAACAAAAGUGAUCUUCAAGAUGGAGCAAGGACAAGAGCUGCAGGUGGUGGAGAGAGAGAAUUCACAUUGGAGCCACCCAGAAGCUGACUGCCCAGUUAUUGAUGAAUCAGAGAAGCACCAGGAAAGCGAAGACAAUUUUUUGAAUUCAGUUUUGUUCACAUUCAGUAAAAUUCUGACUAUGGAGAGACUCCAUAGUUAUAAUAUGAGCACAGAUCAUAUUGGAAAAAAUCAUAUAAAUGCAAGAAAAAUAUCAUAUAAAGGCAAAACACAUGGGAAGAGUUUGCAACCUACUUUAAACUUACUUAAUUAUAAUAGACAUUAUAACGGAGAAAACCCUUAUGAAUGCAAGGACUGUGGGAAAGUCUUCAAAAAGAAGUUUCAUUUAAUUAGACAUGAAAAAAAUCAUACAAGAAAAAAACCCUUUGAAUGCAAUGACUGUGGGAAAGCUUAUAGCAGGAAGGCACACCUUGCAACUCACCAGAAAAUUCAUAAUGGAGAGAGACCCUUUGUAUGCAUUGAUUGUGGGAAAGCUUUUAUGCAUAAAACACAGCUCAUGGUCCACCAGAGACUUCACACUGGAGAGAAACCUUAUGAAUGCAGUCAAUGUGGGAAAUCAUUCACGUGGAACUCCUCCUUUACUCAACAUGUGAAAUCUCAUACACUGGAGAACUCAUUUGAAUGUAAGGAAUGUGGGAAAACCUUCAGGUAUAGUUCAUCCCUUUAUAAACACUCUAGAUUUCAUACAGGAGAGAAACCCUACCAUUGUAUUGUAUGCGGCAAAGCCUUUGGCAACACAUCUGUGCUUGUUACGCAUCAAAGAAUUCACACAGGAGAAAAACCUUAUGGAUGUAUUGAAUGUGGCAAAGCCUUCAUCAAGAAGUCUCAUCUCCUUAGACAUCAGAUAACUCACACAGGAGAAAAGCCCUAUGAAUGUAACAAAUGUGGGAAAACAUUUUCCCAGAAGUCAAACCUUAUUGUGCAUCAAAAAAUUCAUAUGUAAUAUUUACCUUAUGAAUAUGAGAAAGUCUUAGAUAUUAAAUGUCUUUAUUAAAUACAGAUUUCAUGGUGAGGAGAAAUCUAAGAAUUAGAAUGAAUUUGGAAAGAGUAGAUUUCCAUAAAGAGAUAAUCCCAAACAUGUUCUGGAAGUGAUGAUAAACUAUUUACAGAAAAGAUCACAGAAAUCAUUAAAUCAUAAGUAAUAGAGCGUAGAGCAUCGAAAGUAAGCAUAAAUUAAAUAAUCAAGGAAUCAGUGAAGACUACAUUUACUAUCCCUGAUUGUUUUAUUUUUAUAACAACUUAUACAUUUAUGUAUGUGUGAGUAUAAAAUAUGUUUAUACAUAAUAUUAAAUUAUAUCUAUUGCAUUUCUUCAGUAAGUAUCACCAUUUUUUCUUCCAAUCCUAACAAUAACAUGCAAGGGAAAAAAUGUGUUUAAUAUGAAGUAUGAAUUUCAGUAAUAUUUAUAUCCAUUUGCUGGCACUUUUUUUUUAAAAAUAUAUUUU